AUGGGAUGUAUAAAAUCAAAAAGGAAAGAGAAUCUGCAUGGAGAUGGGCUAGAUUUGAAGAAUCAACCAGCAAAUCCAGAAGCACAGCUCUUACCCGGACAGAGGUUUGCCAGUGAAGAUACAGAGGAGCAUGGAGUCAUUGUGGUAGCUUUGUAUCCCUAUGAUGGCAUUCAUGAAGAUGACUUGUCCUUCAAAAAAGGAGAAAAAUUGAAAGUCAUUGAGGAGCUGGGAGAAUGGUGGAGAGCAAAAUCCCUUACGACGAGGAAGGAAGGCUUCAUUCCCAGCAAUUACGUAGCAAAAGUAAACACCUUGGAAACAGAAGAAUGGUUCUUCAAAGACAUAACCCGAAAAGAUGCCGAAAGACAACUCCUGGCUCCUGGAAAUAGUCCUGGAGCUUUCCUUAUCAGGGAAAGUGAAACGUUAAAAGGCAGCUAUUCUCUCUCCAUAAGAGACUAUGAUCCACAGCACGGCGAUGUUAUUAAGCACUACAAAAUUAGGAGCCUGGACAAUGGAGGAUUUUACAUCUCUCCAAGAAUAACUUUUCCCAACAUCAAUGAUAUGAUCAAACAUUAUCAAAAGCAAUCUGAUGGAUUGUGCCGAAAGUUGGAAAAAGCUUGUAUUAGUCCCAAGCCUCAAAAACCAUGGGAUAAAGAUGCGUGGGAGAUUCCACGGGAAUCAAUUAAAUUGGUGAAGAAACUUGGAGCUGGUCAGUUUGGAGAAGUCUGGAUGG